GAGGGAUUUCUUUAUCAAACGAAACCGCACACGUCCGUGACGUUUUAUACUGGUAAUUUUGCUCCGACUCUGCUCCGAAGACGAUGUCGCCCACGAAGUAUCCCUAUCUGGCGUUCUUCGCGUCCUUUCAACUGUUUUUUCCAUCGGGGGACUUCGUCACUCCUAGAGAGAGGUAUGCCAUCAUGAGCAGGCUCCAGAUGCACCCCGAGAUGCACUUGCGUCCGGUGUAUUUCGACAGGUAUGUCGAAUGUCCCAACAACAUCUGCGAGAGGCACCAUGGAAUUUACUACCCCGAGGAUGAGGUCCGAGAGGCGCUGGCAUCGAAGGAAUGGGCCUUUAUGAAGGUUUUAAACAGGAGCAUGACCUUUUCCGUCAACUUGUCGUCCAGGGGUGGUUUCGGCGAAGCUACGGAAACUUUGUGCAGGGGAAAAUCGAAGACCACAACACCUCUAGUGAUGCGAAACACCGACGGUCACUGGAAGUACAUCGUCAAUUUGAGCGACCAAAUCCACACACAGACGUUUACUUCGGAAAUCUGCUUGGCCGAAAGCGACGGCAACACCGUGUUCUGCACGGCCUUGGAAGGGGAAUGCGCGCAGCAGCGUCAAGAGGUUAAGUUUCUGGUUUACGAGAAGAAGCAGCUGAAGUUCGACAGCUUCAGGAUACCGACCGCGUGCUCUUGCGGCUGUUCCGCCUACGCGUCGCGAUAAACGAGGAACAGCCCGCGACGUUGCCGCAUCGUUCACUUUUUCCGCGUAACCGUAUUUUUAUAACGCCCGAACAAUUGGACAGUCAAGGUCAAUAUUGUAGAUCACUUUUUGCGGUUAAUAGAUAUAAACAAA